CAAAAUGGAGUAGAAAUCAAGUCCAAACAUUGCGUUAGGGUUUAUACUGGGCCAGGGUUGUGGACUUCACAGUUCACAUCACUUUGUUCUUCGGAGGCUCAGCAAUGUCACGGACAGCUUGGCUACAGUGAAUGUGAUCAAAGCCAAACGUUACUGCUAUCAUACAUACAGCAGUCUUCAAUGGCAGUGGAAGGAAGCAAACAACGUCGCGUCUCAGCCCCUCCUCGAUCCCUAAACGUGCAGAAAUUUGCGGAAUCCAGAGCUGCUGAACUCGAGACUCUUCACUCAAUCGUUGCGAACCGUUCGAACAACGAUUUUCGAUCUCGGAGAAACAAGAGGAGGAGAACUACCAGCCACGACAAUCGCGUCGCGAAAAAUCGGCACAGGAAGAGGCGGAAGUUAGGCGAAGGAGUUGUCCGUUUGGGCGAUGACGUGGCGCCGGCGAAAAGGCAGGGGGAAAAGGUUCCUCGUCGAGUACGCAGGAGGAUAGAGCUUAAGAAGAAUCCAGAGAGUGGGUAUUCUACUUCGGGUGAUGGGACCAAGAGAUUGAGAACGCAUGUGUGGCAUGCCAAGCGGUUUACGAUGACUAAGCAGUGGGGUUUUCACCUCCCUCUUGUUUUGCAGGGCAGGGGAAGGGGUUCAAGGGCUCUCUUGAAAAGAUUCAGAGAUGGGGUACUCAUGCAUGAUGCGAGCUACUAUGGAGCCAUCCAGUUGGAGGGUCCAGAGAGUUCAUUAUUGCAGGUGCUAAGCACAGUGCUUGUAUUCUCUCAACCAUCGGACUCUGAGCACAUUUCCCAUCUUGUUCUAUCCGGUGCUAUUUAUGGGAGCGCUAUGCUCCAUCAUCCUGGCGCACCCUUUUCUCCGGCUGUUGCUCCUGUGACCUAUAUGUGGCGACCUUUCCAGCGGCAAGAUGUAGUUGAUGCAGAUUAUCAUAGUGCUGAUGGAUACAAUGGGCGACAGGGGAUUGAAGGUUCUUCUUUUCGCCAGCUCUUGGUAUGGAUACAUGCUUCCGCUUUCAGUGAAGCUUAUGAUGCGCUGAAACUUGCUUCUCAAAAACAGAUGGACGAAACUGGUUCGCUGAUCAAUUGCAUCUCUCUCCAAGGUAAACUAGCAAAGUUGGAAAUUAUGGGAUCAAAGUCAUUUCAGCUUCUUCAAAAGAUAUUGCAUCCUGUUACCAGUAUUGCAGAUAACUCUGGACAGUUGCGUAAAUGUUCGCAUAUGGGUUCUGAUGCCAAAACUUCUUUCAAGAAGAUUUCCAUUCUUGAAAAUCAACAUCAUACUCCUUCUUCAAUAACUUCUCUUACCGUUAUUGAUCCCCGUGCUUUGUCUGAGGAAAAGGUUGAACAUGUUCCUAAAGUAGAUUCUACUAGCAACUUGGGUAAUACGAGAGAGGGUGAAAAACUAAGUGCCUCAGGUGGGAUUCCUAGUGAGAAUACCGAGUUACUUUCAUCAUCAUUGUUAGAACCUGAAGAGGGUAGUGCUCUCUCUGACAGCAUGGAUUUGUGGGAUGCCAGCAAAGGAUUUCUCCCUCCAGUGGAAGAUAAUGUUCUUUGCAUCGCCAAACAUCAGCAGAAGCUGGAUUUCUUUUGCCUUGGUAACACAAAUUUAGGAAAACAAAAUGCUUCAAUUGGGGGACACUUUUGUGGAUUUUGCCCCAUUCUGCUUGCAAAUGACAGUAACAAAAGGGGCUCCAUCAUAAGAUGGUCAAUCAUACUCCCUUUGAGUUGGGUCAAGGUUUUCUGGGUCCCCCUAAUCUCUGGAGGUGCUCAUGCAAUUGGUUCGACAGAGAAGCAUUGGAUUGCCCACGAAGCUGGGUUACCAUAUUUUCCUUCAGGUUUUCCUGAUUGCAAUGCAUAUUCUUCCUUUAUGGCAAAUAAAGCAGCUGCAUCUGAUGAAAAAAUGGAACUUCGUCCUCCUGCCAUGAGACCAGUCAGGAUUCCCAUACCACCUCCAUGGGAAACUGUCCUAUGUAGUCUUGAGAAAGAAUCAAGUAGAGUGGAAGAUGCUGAAACUCUCUCCAAGGAACAGUGUUCUAUAAACGUGGUCAAUGAAAACUCAUGCAAAAAGUUAGAUUGUCAAAGAAGUGACGUAUUAGCCCUUGGUCAUCAUGGGUUUAUGUCUGACGGAUUUGUAGCAAGGACGUCAAAUAUGUUGAGACAUUUUCUGGGUGAAAUACGUGGCGAUCAUUUGCUUUUGUUCCCCAAAUCCGAUUUACCUGAUUUGAAGAAUAGUAUUGAUAAGUUCAUGAAAGAUGAUGAAAGGCUUAGUCGGACCCCAAAGGGGGUCACCACCCUAACUAACGGCGGCGGAAGACUAUGUUUCCUUAGAGUUAUUCUGCAUGCAUACAAAGGUGGCGUCUUCGAAGAAGGAGCAGUUGUUUGUGCGCCUCGUUACACUGAUAUAAAGUCGUGGAUAUCCAGAUUAAGCAUUAACAGGGAAGAACUUCAAAUACCGCAGUCUUCUGUGGGAUCGUACUUUGAGCAGCAACCUUCUGGUAAAUGGGAGCUCCAAAUACCUGAGGACCCAAUAGUCAAAGAAUUGCAUAGGUGGCCCCUUGGUUUUGUCACAAGUGGAGUUGUUCGGGGAAGCAAGAAGCCCUCUGCAGAGGCUGUAUGUGAGGCAACCUUGCUUGCUGGGCUUAGAGAGGAGCAGUGGAAUGCAAUGCCAGUGAAGCGGAGGAGGAAAGAGAUAUAUGUACUAGUUAGGAACCUGAGAUCUACUGCAUAUAGACUUGCUCUUGCCACCAUUGUGCUUGAGCAAAAUAAAGAAGAUUUGGAGUUCUUGUAAUGUGCGGUCUUACCCUAUAGCUUUUUUAUGCUGUCAUGGAGCAUGAAAUGUUCAGGCAGAAUAUUGCAGAUAUAUAGUGUAUAUAUAUACGUAUGCAUAUGGAAGCUGUUUUUUGUUCUGGAGAUAUAGAAAAUAUAAGCUAUUGGGUA